AUGCAGCCGUCCACCCUCUUUUCGAUCGUUCUUCCUUUUGCCCUGGCUUCCCAGGCAGCCGCCCAGAAGUCUUUCUGCAGAGCUGCAGUCGAUAGCAGUGUGAGUAGCACCACCCGUCCGCAUUCCAUGUGUCUAUCUAACAUCCGGCAGAGCGACUUUAGCGGAUGCACGAGCAUUAGGGGCGUCUGCACAACUGCCUGUCCACGCGAGUGCGGUGCUGCAUUCAAGUUGCAGAGCGUCAACGUCGGCGAAGGUGCUUGUGCUUGCUUCUGUACUAAGUAA